UGAUAAAAUUUCCUAAAAAUUUUGAUAUAAAAAAAUGACACUAAAGCUAUGAAAGAUUCUGAAAGAACAUUAAACGACGAAAAAAGGAACAAUGAACUGAUUGUCAAAGAGAAGGAGCAUUGUGAAGAAUAUUUUGAUGAGUUUAAUUUAUCUAAAUAUCAAAGGUGUUUGGAAAGAAAACCUUCUAUUCAAACAGAAAAAACACAUAUUCUUGGAACCUUCUCGUCAUUAAUGGAUGAAAAAUGUAUGGAAGUAACAUACAGUGAUUUUUUGGAUAAAAAAAGUAUAGAUAUGAGUAUUAUAUCAGAAACAAAUCUCUUUCAGCGAAUUACAUUAGAUUACCCAAAAAGUACUUCAGAAGAUUCAGAAAAAGAGAAGAAUAUGGAUUCUGUAUUUUCAAAUAAUAGAAGGAAUAAUAUGUUUUAUAAAAAGGAUUUGGAAAAAGAUAUUAAAGAAAAUCAUUUUGAAAAUGUAUUGACAUUUAAAUUGGAAUCAAAAUUGCUUCGGAAUCUUGAUUUUCGAAAAUUUGUUAACCAGCUUAGAUGUAAAUCUGCUAUUUCUAUAGCAAAAUAUAUGAAAAGUUUUAUUUAUGAGUUUCUACAAAAACCAUGGACGAUUAAGGAAAAGGUUAAAAUUAUCCAUGAUUUUCUAAGGUUUAUAUAUCUAAAGAUGCAACUUGUUGAACCUUGGAUAAAUACAUCAGAAAUUGAAUUUGAUAAUGCAAAAGAAGGAAUGGAAAAGUUAAUAACAAUAAGAUUAUAUGAACAAAUAUUUUCUCCGGCUAUAUCUUAUUUACUUGAUGAUGAUAUUAGUGGACAUAGCGAUGAUUUAGAAAGAGAUAGAAUUAUACAAGAAAAAAUCAGUAUGUUUAAUUGGAUUAGAGAGGAACAUAUAGAAAUUCCUUACACGAAUUUAAAUAAAAAAUUUCUAGAAUUAGCAGGACAAGAACUUUUAAAAAUUAACGCUUAUCGUUCUCCAAGAGAUAAAAUUUUUUGUAUUUUAAAUUGUUCUAAGGUUAUUUUUGGUUUACUGAGAUAUGCAAAAAUUGAGGAAUCAGCGGAUAAAUUUAUUCCUACUUUAAUUUUAAUAAUACUUAAGACUAAUCCUGAACAUUUGAUAUCAAAUAUCCAAUAUAUAUCUCGAUUUAGAAAUCCAGAUAAACUUUCUGGGGAAUCAGAAUAUUACUUUUCUAGUUUAAUAGCUGCUGUUGCUUUUAUCGAAAACUUGAACAAAUCGUCAUUAACAAUUUCUAAUGAAGAAUUUGAGAAGAAUUUAGAGCAUUCUAUUAUUAGAAUUUCUCAGCAAAAAAAUAAGGAUGACAGAAUUAAAAAUGCUCAAUCAAUGACUUUUGCUUUAUUAGAGCCUGCAAAAGAAUAUAUUGCAUCUAAAUCAUCUGAUGUAUUUCGCAAUAUUCAAAAACCCCUUUUAUCUUUGGGAAAAAUAUUUAUGGAUCAAAAUACAGAAAAAUCAUAUCAACCUAUUAUUAAACAAUUAUCAUCUAAUCAAAUACCUCAGAAUAUUAUAUCUACGACUAAUUUAGAUGAAAAAAGGUUAAUGUUAUCGAAAAUAAAUACUCAAUUUCCAAUGUCUGAAAUUGCUACUGUUCAGGAAACACAAGUUGAAAUAGAAUCUGAAAUGCUUAAUUUUCUUAGUCAAAUGUUUCCAUCUGUAGAUCUUGAUGUUAUUGGAAUAAUUAUCGAUUCUGAGAAUGGAAAAAUUAAUCCUACAAUUGAUGUUCUAUUGACAAUAUCAUCGAAUAUUUAA